AAAUCCGGUUUCAGGCAUUCAUUUAAAGCCUUCCACUGCUUCUGGGUCCAACCUCUCUUUGGCUUUCAUCUGCUUCUAUUAGGUCGCAGAUCGAGAGCCGAAGACAGGUUAUCUUGAUAGCAUUAGAAGGCUUGAGCCAGACAACUCUUGUCAGCAACUGAGUGGCAUAUUUCGCUAGGUUUCAUCACCAAGAAUAUCAAGAUGACAUUCUAUGGUACACAGGACAAGUGCAAGGCUUGUGACAAGACCGUUCAUUUCAUUGACCUCCUUACUGCGGAUGGCAUUCCCUACCACAAGUAUUGCUUCAAAUGCAGCCAUUGCAAAGGCACUCUUUCGAUGUGCAGCUACUCCUCCAUGGAUGGAGUUCUUUUCUGCAAGACUCAUUUUGAGCAGCUUUUCAAGGAAACAGGCAGCUUCAAGAAAAACUUCCCCACAUGCGCAAAGGCAAAUAAUGAGCAGUCUAAGGCCCCAAACAAGUAUGGCUCUGUGUUCUGUGGAACUCAGGACAAGUGUGCUGCCUGCAAGAAGACUGUGUACCCAUUGGAGAAGAUGACCUUGGAGGGCGAGCCCUACCACAAGACCUGCUUCAAGUGCGCUCACGGCGGCUGCAUCCUGACGACCGCCUCCUACGCCUCCCUUAACGGGAUCCUAUACUGCCAGAACCACUUCUGGCAGCUGUUCAAGGAGACGGGCAGCUACAGCAACCUGCUCAAGCCCGCCUCGGCCAAGAACGCCGACGAGCCAGAGGCGGCCAAGGAAGAGGAGCAGGCGCCAGAAGCCGUCGAGGAGCAGGCGCCAGAAGCCGUUGAGGACCAGGAGCACUCAUAAGAAACUACACUACACGUAAACAGUUACAAGAACCUACAUACAUGUUCGUUCCCCACGCUGAUGUUGCUCUUGUGUAUUGCUGCUGCUGCCCAUCUUUAUUCUCAUCUCACAGAGGCACGCAGUGGCUGUUAUGCAUCUUAUCGCCUUGGCUAUCGCAAUCCCGAAUUCUGUAUAUCAUUGCCCGUGCCAUCGUCUCGUGAAUGGUAGCAGAAUUUGCACAAGUUUGUUCUA